AAAAGCCCCCCCCAAGGCAAAAGGGCCAGCUCAGGUCUGUUGAUAGUUGAGAUUCAGAUUCAUUUGUAUUCGCCAGUACGAUACUACUUGACGCCAUAAAUUUAAUACUCGCAGACGAUUGUUUCCCUGAUCGGAUCCGUAAAAUGGCACCGGUAUCAGCACUAGCAAAGUACAAGCUGGUGUUCUUGGGGGAUCAGUCUGUGGGUAAAACCAGUAUCAUCACUCGCUUCAUGUACGACAAAUUCGACAAUACCUAUCAGGCUACCAUCGGUAUCGAUUUUCUAUCGAAGACAAUGUACCUAGAAGAUCGAACUGUUAGAUUGCAGCUCUGGGAUACCGCUGGACAGGAAAGGUUCAGAAGCCUUAUUCCAAGCUAUAUUAGGGAUUCCUCAGUAGCAGUUAUCGUUUAUGAUGUUGCAAGUAGGCAAUCAUUCCUGAACACCUCUAAGUGGAUUGAAGAGGUUCGCACUGAGCGGGGCAGUGAUGUCAUCAUUGUACUCGUUGGGAAUAAGACAGACCUUGUAGACAAAAGGCAAGUUUCAAUAGAGGAAGGAGAAGCUAAAGCUCGUGACCUUAAUGUCAUGUUUAUUGAAACUAGUGCAAAGGCAGGCUUCAACAUAAAGGCACUGUUUCGGAAGAUUGCAGCAGCAUUGCCGGGGAUGGAAACACUUUCUUCAACUAAGCAAGAGGACAUGGUGGAUGUCAAUCUGAAGUCUUCCAAUACGAAUGCUUCACAGUCUCAACCACAGUCCGGAGGAUGUGCCUGUUGAUACAGAAAAGUCAGAUGUUAAGAAAUCCAUUUUGCAGUAGUAUCUUGCAUGCUCAUUUGAUCCUCUACACAUGUAAAGUUUGUGCCAUCCCCUUUCCUGUAAAAUUUGAUAUUUGGCGUUGUUUCCUUGGUAAGGGAUUUUCUAUUAGUAUAGAGGCGAUUAUACGGUAGUUAGGCUAGUCCUAACUGUGUGUUAUACCUGCGGUUCUUGUUGAACUAGAUAUAAAGAAUUGUGCAACAUUCUUCUAUUAGUAUAAUUCGUAUCCAGUCUGGUUUCAUAA